AUGGCGCUGACGGUGGAUGACGCGAUCGCGACGCUGUUCACGCUGACUCAGCAUGACGAGCAGCCGGGCGUGCAGGGCCUCACAUCCACCAUGGUGUACGACGCAUCGUACAGGACGUCGUACACAGAGUACGCGGAGGUGGCGUCGUUCCAGCUGUCCCUGGAGGACGACACUGCCGCCAUCAACCAGCUGCUGACCCUGGAGGACGACACUGCCGCCAUCAACCAGCUGGUGAGGUGA